GGAGAUAACUCCUACAGAUUUCAUCCUACUGUGGCGUCCUAUGGUUUUUGAUGUGCACAGUCCUGCCCACUGAACAAUAAAGUUUUUGUUGUGAUCCCAGCCCAGGUGACUUUUAAAUGCAUCAUUAGUAGAGCGUUUCAGUACCACUGAGCAGACGAUUGGCUAACCCCAAGCAGACGAUUUGCUGACCUCAGCAGUCAAUUACUUGACUUCACGCGACAGCAACAAUGCUGCUCAAGCUCUGUCUUCUGCUGUCGGUGGCCGUUAGCGUCUUGUCACAGAUGCCAUCUAAUGGCCCAGCAUGCCAGGAAAUCACAUCAGGCAGCCCUCCCGAGUUUGUGCAGGUGAGUAACGACUUCUCAGUGGACAUUGAGACUGUGAGCGUGGAGACCAACAGAGUGACCAACAUGAGGAUGUUCUACAGCCUCAGUCAGAACAUGAUCCGGCUCAACAUCUUUGACGCUGGUGUCAGGUCGGAUUUGUACUACUACUUCGCUGAUGGCGAGAUCCUGGCUUUUGAGUACAGUGUAGGCAGAGGUAGCUGCCAGGUUAUAACUAACAUAACAACAAGUCCAGAAAUCUUCCUGGUGGGCGGGGUUAAGGAUGGCACCAAGGUUCAAGUUCCUUUAGGUGUGCUACACUUGACUGGACAGUCGGGGUUUGGUGACAACCAGAUUGUGUCCCAGCCAAUCCAAAAGACAACAGUUCGAGGUAUGGAGGUUGUGGGCUUCAACUCGUGCCAAAAAUGGAGUUUUGGCCCCCACAGUGCCGUGUUAAACGUUACCCACUACUUCUCAUUUAAAUCAUGGCUGCGUCCAAACAGUGGUACUGUGCCCGUAAUGAUAGAAGUUCAAGGGUCAGGGGUUAUUCACGGAGUUCAAACCAAUAUCCACCACUACUACAACUAUUUCAACUUCAAAGAGUCGGUGGAGCCGUUCGCUUUUGAGACUCCCUCAGGUAUCGUCUGCUCCGGUCGAACUGUGGACAUGCCCUUUCCAAAUUCUCCACCUUACAUCCGGUUCGCAGGGGAAGUAAUCGACCCAAACAGCAAAUUCGUUCUUUACGUUGAGGAGCUCUUUGACGUGACUGAUGGGGUGGUGGUCAUGAGGACUCAAGCCCCUGGUGACGUCAGCACUAAUGGCGGCAUGAACCACAUCACAACGAUACGAGACUACGUCACAGGUCUGUCGUAUAGGAUAGACAACCAGAUGCAGUCGUGUGUCACUUUAAACAUAACUGACGACACGGUUCUACCAUUCGACUUCAUCACGCAAGAUGGCCGCAUCAAACAGCUGACCGCUGACCAGUUCUUCUACAAACAAGGCACCAACUUCGAAUACCUGGGCUGGAGAAACGCACGAGGGCUGUCGUCCCAAGUUUGGGUAGGCAAAACCAAGCUCAACACAAUGCCGAAUCAGGACAUCAUUGUCGAGUGGUAUUUUGCUGAGAGUGACGUCAAAUCCUGGAACGAUGGAUCAACCUAUUACACUGAAGGGAAGUACAGGAUCCCGGUCAGGUUUAGGAUGUGGAACAAUAAUAACGCUCGGAGCGUGGACAUGAACAUCUACCAUGUUGACUUCACCAGGAUUAUGUACGGGGAGCUAGACGUUCGCUCCUGCUAUCCCAACAGGCAAAGCAACUACUUCCAGUUCGUGGUGCCAGGUGGGAAGGAGAGCGUGAUGAACACAAAUCUGGAACAAUUCAAGUGGACCAACGUCAUGAACAUGGCGAACUAUGCCAAGGUCCGGUGGAUCAGAAUUGCUGAUUUUCAGGUCUACUACGAACAAAGCGACGCCAUUAUAGAGUUCGAGCUGUUGGACGCCCCGCCCUACGCUGGUGACGUAGACGGGCCGCCAUUUGCUGAUCUAACUUUAGCACAAGCCACGGCCAACCUUCAGAAAGCUGCGGGGGACGGCACUCUACAGAUCAAUGUUUACAGUCCGUCUACCAACAAGCUCGAUCAGUACGUGUCAGUGAAGCCGAUCCCCAAAGUUGUGCCCAACACAAACCCUGGCACGGGCACCACCCGGACCCCUCCCUACACCCCUCCCUACACCAACCCAGGCUGGGGGACGACCCCCAACUCCGGGCCUGUGGGCGUGGGGACAACAGCCGCUGGUUACGUCACAGUCCCCUCGGGAAAACAACAGUCCAGUGAUGACGGGUACUCAGCAGGGUCCAUGGCUGGUCUAGGUGUUGCUAUGCUUAUCAUUGGAGCAGCAGGCGGUGGUGCUGGGGGCUUUUUUCUCAUCAAGUAAAGCCACGUCAACAAACACUUUAUCAUCUUGUUAACUGACACAAACUUAACAUUUUAUCACCUUUUUUCUCAUCAAGUAAAGCCACGUCAACAAACACUUUAUCAUCUUGUUAACUGACACAAACUUAACAUUUUAUCACCUUUUUUCUCAUCAAGUAAAGCCACGUCAACAAACACUUUAUUAACUUGUUAACUGACACAAAGUUAACAUUUUAUCACCUUUUUUCUCAUCAAGUAAAGCCAAGCCAACUAACACUUUAUCACCUUGUUAACUGACACAAAGUUAACAUUUUAUCACCUUCUUUCUCAUCAAGUAAAGCCAUGUCAACAAACACUUUAUCACAUUGUUAACUGACACAAAGUUAACAUUAUAUCACCUUUUUUCUCAUCAAGUAAAGCCACGUCAACAAACACUUCAUUACAUUGUUAACUGACACAAAGUUAACAUUUUAUCACCUUUUUUCUCAUCAAGUAAAGCCACGUCAACAAACACUUUAUUAACUUGUUAACUGACACAAAGUUAACAUUUUAUCACCUUUUUUCUCAUCAAGUAAAGCCAAGUCAACAAACACUUUAUUAACUUGUUAACUGACACAAAGUUAACACUUUAUCACCUUUUUUCUCAUCAAGUAAAGCCAAGCCAACUAACACUUUAUCACCUUGUUAACUGACACAAAGUUAACAUUUUAUCACCUUCUUUCUCAUCAAGUAAAGCCAUGUCAACAAACACUUUAUCACAUUGUUAACUGACACAAAGUUAACAUUAUAUCACCUUUUUUCUCAUCAAAUAAAGCCACGUCAACAAACACUUUAUCAACUUAUUAACUGACACAAAGUUAACAUUUUAUCACCUUUUUCUCAUCAAGUAAAGCCAAGCCAACAAACACUUUAUUAACUUGUUAAUUGACACAAAGUUAACAUUUUAUCACCUCAUUUGGUCAAUCCCAAUAGAAUUGAACAUCAGUCAUAAAUUAUUGUAUCAUACAUUCAUCAAAACUGUCCAUUCUUUUUGUUGUCUUAACAAAAUAUUUUAAAUUAAAUAGCCGUUUGUUCUAGAAUAAACAAUGUUUACAUUAAAA